AUGAACCAUGAGCCUGCCUCGUCGCUACCGCUCGACGAUGCGACCAGGAGAGAGCGCGUUCAGCGCAACAAGGCCACCUUCAACAAGAAGCGAGAUGCUUUCUUGCAGGACCUGCUGCGCAACAUCGACCUCCUGAUCUAUGCCGAGCUGUCUGCUGUCUACUAUAUGGAGUAUGUCACCACAACUGUUAUUCUACACUUGUAUCAUACUAACAGGCUCGCAGCUNGCUCCUUCACACGCUUCCUAGUCCGAGCCGCCAUACAAUUCAUCUUCUUAACACCAAAACCUGCCUUUCUUCCAGAACCUCCGCAUCCCAGGCCUUACCUCGCUGCCAUCUUCGGCUCCAACCUGCUGAUCAUCCUCUUGCACAUCGUCCUCGCCCGCCCCGAAGCUGGCGAGGCUACCAGAGGUUAUCUACAUGGUGGUCUGGCUAUGGAUUUUGUUGGCCAGAAAGGUCCCACGUCAAAGUUACAUCUGGUCUUGCUGGAUACUCUGAUAUUGCUCAUGCAGCUUGUCCACCUGGCUGCAGCCACCACUCGUCAGCGAGUCAAACAACAGACGUCUGCUACCACAACUCCGACAACAGCUGUUCAAAAUCACGACUUCGAGGAGCGAGGUCAGCUCAGAUCCGACCACCAGCCAGUUGAUCAAGAGUUACACUCGCUGAACCCGACUCACGACUCGUCAGCAAAUACCGAGUCAUCUGUUCAGCCAGAUGUAGAGUCCGACGAGAGGCAGGCUUUGUUGUCUUCGACGGCACCCCGCACAGAUUCCUACAUCUUUGACGCCUUCAACAGCGGUGAGAUUAUGAUUGCCCAUCUCAAUCUCUUUGAUGUGAUCAAAACACAGCUCAAGGAGAUGCGUGACCCCGGUCAACCCACAAGCACGGCUCCUUCUACUAGCGGUGGUCUACGUGCCAGGCUAGCGGACCGCAGUGCCUUUUUCCGCAUGCGGAUUGGUGGUGACCGUGUUUUCAGUGUCUAG